UUUAUGUCAGUUAUAAAUAUAAAACCUUAUCGAACACACGCAAGAAAAAAAGUUAACCUAUCUAAAGUGAUGGCGCCUUACUUACCCACAAUUAUUACAAUGCAACAGCAUCUUUAGAAACAAGAUUAAAUAUCAUUUUAAUUAAUAAUGGAUCCGGCUGCGGUGGAUUGUGAGUUAGCCGAGAGGGACCCGGGGAUGUGUGUGUGCAAGGAGGGCCCCACCCUCGAUAUCCUGAAGGACAUACAGAGGCUGUAUGAGGAGAAGCUGGAACAAUUGGGCAGGGCGCGUGGCACUACCAAACUGCAGCACCAAGUGGAUCUGCUUCGGUCGUGGGUGAGUGACCUGGUGGGCCAGAACACACUUCUGGUGCGCGCCGUAGAAGAGCUGGAGACUGAGGCCACCACUAAACUUAUGAUGGAACGACAGAAGAACAACGAAGUGGUGUCCGAGCUCCGCGCGGAGUGCUCCGCGUUGCGCGACCGACUCGUGCGCAAAGACUCCGACCUGCGAGGCUUGCUGGAAGUGCUGCGCAGGCUGCGGGAGAAUGACAAGUGCACCCUCUCCGGCAUACAGUUCUUCGAGGUCACCGAGUCCGAUAUCUUCGGCUCAGUCGAAUGGAGGGAAAGCAAGAUGGAGCGCGGCGACUGGAAGCCAAACAGCUAUAAACAAGAGACGAACAAAUAUAAAAUCAGCCGACAUUACAGAAUAACAUAAACCUUUAUUUAGCCAUAUUGCCUAUAUUGUCUGUUUUAUUUUACACGCUUAUUUGGA